GCCGUCAUUGCAAAGUCAUUUCCAUGGGGUCGGUAUAUCAACCACGGGAGUCUGUGGCUACUUCGACGAAACGUACCAACGGCCACUAUGCAACAUUUUUAUUGAAUAGCGCCCACCACCUUACUCUAGAUAUAAAAAGACGAUCGCUCAUCUCUUCCUCUUAACAUAUCCACGUAACACCCCACUGUCACGACUCCAACACAACGAAGCAACCUCUCAAACAAACACACUCCAACUCCUAAAACAAGCCAAAAACACUCCUCAACCUACCAACAAGAUGAAGUUCAACAACAUCAUCAUCCCCACUCUUCUCAGCAUGGCUGCUCUGGCUACUUCAUCCCGAAACAUGGCUGAGGAGCGUCACCAAUUCAUUACGUCUCGCUCGGUCAUUGACGGCUCUCCGUGCAUCAUACCUAUGGAAUCUGCCGUCGCCACCCCCAAGGUGACCGCCCGCCUCUUCGGCCUCUCCCAGUUCAAACACGAGUUCACUUCCGACUCAACGACCAGCCCGGUCAGCGACAAUCAGCAAAGGCUAGCCAACAAGGCGCUCGAGCCUCGCUCCGAUGCCUCAACAACAACGGCAACAAAAGCGGGACGAACAACAAUCUCAACGACUGAGGAUAGGACCCUCGAGGUCCUGGCAGCGGGAGUGAUCCCACCCGUCGUCGAUGCCAUGAGUCUUCUACUAGGUCCAACCUUGGAGAUGACCGGCAAGAUCUUCGAGGAUGCUCAAAUCCAGGCUGAAAUCCCGGAGGUCCAAGGAAAGGCAAACCAAGGAAAUGGUGUCCCAGAUCCAUCUGAGCCUCAGGCACUCUCGCAAAUUGUUGAGCGGGAGGAUAAGGGUGAGGAUGAGAAUGGGGGUGAUGUCCUCUGCCCUCGGGUGGGUGCGAACGAUGAGGAAGGCAAAUGUGAGACUUUGGAUCUAAAUGAGACUAGCUAACUUUGUCAUUUAUCUGUUGAGGUCCGAUAUAUUGCUUCUUCCGAGUCACGAUGGGUCAUGAUCCAGUGGUAUGGUUGUAUACGGUACUAGGCUCCUUUUCCGGGUUUCCGGGUUUGGCUCCGCAGGUUGGAACCCACAUCUUCGUAAAGCGUCAGACGACCUGAUAUAGAUUUCCAUUAAUACACUUCAAAUACCUGCUAAUUCUUGUUUCAUUGCUGACUUCACAUUGCGAUAAUGUCACAGAAAGGAAACGUCACUGUCAAGUCCUUGUGAUGUGUAGAAUGUUGCAAAGCAUUGAAA